UAAUAAUAAUAACAAUUGCUUCGGGAAAACUUUAACGAAACUUUUCCUAGUUCGCGAACAAAUGGCGUGAAAAGUUGAGUGAUGUGUUUGUGCGUGCGCGAUCGCUCUGGCAAUUUUCCACCGAAAUGGACUCAAUAACUGCCGAUUUCAGUCUCCAAGACGUACUCGGCCGGGGAGGUGAUUUUGUAGGCGGCAUAGAUAAUGAGGCCCUCGACUUUUCACAACUCGAGGCCUUCAUUAACAGCGAUGGUUCGCAAGGAGGGGGUGAUUAUUUCAACGACACCCUCACCACCACCACCACAGCUACCGCUCCUGGCGCAUCAGCAGGUGGCAAACUUCUCAAUGUAAUCGUUGAAAACAAGCGGCCAGGACAUGCCUUGCCAGAAAGUCCCCCAGACAGCAGUUCGGAGCACCCCUACAGUCCCCAAGACAGUUGCGACCCGCCCAUUAGUUCUUCGGACUCGAUGUACACUACGCUUGAACAACCCCUGUACAAAACGAAUCUCCUAAACCCCAUAAUCACUGACAAUCUCAUACUUGGUUCGCACAUCGUGGUGACGGACCAUAAUACGGACCCCCAACUUAUAGAAAACGGUACCAUCUUAACGGACGGUAGACUGUUGGUAAAUGAUGACUUAAGGACAAGUCAAAAUCUGUUACAAAACCGGAUAAUACAAGGAAACGAGACCAGCUUACUUCACGAACAUCGGAUGCUCCUUCAGGAUAACAGUUUGAGUGACAGUAAUAGACAGAUACUGAUCCAAAACAGCGGGAAUUCGAAUCAGAAUUAUCCAGAAAGGACGUUGAUGAUAGACGGCUGUCCAAGAGCUGAAGGUCUGACCAGAAGAAAUGGUAAUGACAUAGUUUUAGUUAAGAAUGGAGAUUAUGAAAAGCCCCAGUUGGUGCAUUUGGGCAUCAGUCCUAGUAUCGAUAUGCAACAAAUCGGGACCAGGGCCACCAUGGAAAAUCCUUUAUGCGAACCAGGACUGGAUAACAUACAAAAUGUCUACACCAAUCUCCAAAACAGUUCAAAAAAGAGGAAGCUAUCGCAAGACUCCCCACUCGUCAAAAGUGAGCCAGAACAUUGUUCACCAAGUCAGUUGAGUCCACCGGAUCCACUAGCGACUCCAAUCGAUGACGAUUUCGCUGGUUCGGAAUCGUGCUUAUCAGAAGCACAAUAUCAGUGCAUAAAAUUCUCACCCUUUCAACAGACUGCUUGGCAUACAUUGUGUGAUCAAAAUUUAACAGAAUUACCAAAUCCUCAUUAUCGUGUCGAUGCAGACAAAGGUUUUAACUUCUCCAACGCGGACGACGCAUUCGUGUGUCAGAAGAAAAAUCACUUUCAGAUUACCUGUCACAUUCAGCUAGUUGGCGAUGCUCAGUUCGUAAAGACCACUGAAGGUAUUCAAAAGAUAUCUAGCUUUCACUUGCACUUCUACGGGGUGAAGCACGACUGUCCCACACAAACCAUAAGGGUCGAACAGAGCCAAAGUGAUCGCAGUAAAAAACCAUUUCACCCCGUUCUGGUGGAACUGGUUAAUUCACAAGUUACAAAAAUUACCGUUGGACGACUGCAUUUUAGCGAAACUACGUCUAAUAAUAUGCGGAAAAAGGGAAAACCUAAUCCCGAACAAAGAUAUUUUCAGCUAGUCGUAGGUCUUCAUGCCCAUACAUCGCACGGGAACUUUCCCAUAAUUAGUCAUGCAAGUCAAAAAAUAAUAGUUAGGGCCUCAAAUCCAGGACAAUUCGAAAAUGACAUAGAACUUUGUUGGCAAAAGGGACAAACACAGGAUUCAAUAUUCCAUGGAGGAAAGGUGGGUAUCAACACAGACCGACCAGACGAAUCUCUGGUAGUCCACGGAAAUAUCAAGAUAACGGGUCAUAUAAUCCAACCCAGCGACAUAAGGGCUAAGAAAAACAUAGUGGAAUGCGAUACAGCAGCCCAAUUGAGAAACGUACAAAAACUCAGAGUGGUCAGGUACGAAUAUGAGCCCAGUUUUGCGUCGCAGCUGAGUAGAACUAAUGAAAGUUCUGACACGGGAGUGAUAGCCCAAGAAGUAGCCGAAGUAUUACCUGAAGCUGUAAGCCCAGCUGGUGAUCUCAUAUUGGACAAUGGAAUGUCAAUAGAUAAUUUUCUCGUUGUCAAUAAGAUUAUUUCCCUGUCCAAUAGAAACGUUACCGGAAAAAUCAAUGGCUUGUUCCCAUUGGUCCCAGAUUUACAUAAGAUAAACGGUUGCGUGACAACGGACCGCGAUCAAGCUUUAAUCGUGUCUUAUGUACAAAAACAAUCCAAUAAUUUAUGA